GAGCCUGGGUUCCUCGCGAACCCAGCUCGUGGGUUCGCGAGCCUAGAUGUAAAAAGAGAAAAAAAAGAAAAGGCAGGGGAAGAAAGAAGAGGGUAAAUUAGUAAUUAAAGGAAAACAUUUUACCAUGUCAUCAAUCUUUGAGGGCAAAUCAGUAAUUAAAAGUAAAAAAUUUAGCAUGUCAUCAAUUUUUCUCACGUGGAUUUUCCACAUAAUUUAAUAUAAAAAAAACAAAAUGAGUUUUCCGUUAAUUAACCUGCCACAUCAGCCAAAAUUUAACGGAGGGACUAAAAAGGGGCCGGAUUUGUAAACAGUAAGGACCAAAAAGGGGAUUUUUUCGGUAUAGGGACCAAAAAAUGGCUUUUUCCUAUAGUAGAGGGACCAAAAAGGUGCUUGAAUCCCUAUGAAGCAGAAUAUGCACUCAGGGAGGUGCAUGAAGGUGUUUGCGGAAGUCACGUGGGUGCUCGAACUUUGGCUCAUAAAGUCCUUAGAUAGGGUUAUUAUUGGCCCAACAUGUACAAGGAAGCCAUUCACUUUGUUCAGAGAUGCUUGAAAUGCCAGUUCUUUGCGCACCUGACUCACCAACCUGCAGAGGAACUCACUACUCUGGUAGCACCAUGGCCAUUUGCUCAGUGGGGAUUGGAUCUUUUGGGCCCAUUCGUGAAGGGGGUUGGUGGUGUAACCCACCUGAUUGUUGGUGUAGAUUAUUUCACAAAGUGGGUUGAAGCUCGGCCAUUAUCCAGUCUUACUUCCAAGAAGGUUGAAGACUUUGUUUUUAGCUCAAUCAUCUGUAGAUAUGGGAUCCCGAAUCAGAUUGUGGCUGAUAAUGGAACUCAAUUUAACUGCACCUCUUUUCGAGAUUUCUGUUCCAGCUAUGGGAUUAAACUGCAGUUCACCUCGGUUUACCAUCUGGAGUCCAACGGCAUGGUCGAAUCUGUUAACAAGUGCAUCUUAAAAGGUAUAAAGCCGAGGCUGGAACAACACAAGGCCAAAUGGGCAGACGAGCUCAACAACGUCCUUUGGGCAUACAGAACUACGAGUCGAACUGCCACAGGCGAAACACCUUAUCAUCUGGCUUUUGGUACCGAAGCAGUCAUUCCUAUCGAGAUUGGAGUUCCAAGCUUCAGAGUCACCCAUUUCGAUGAAGGACGGAAUGGACAACUGCUUCGGGAGAACCUUGAUUUGCUUGAUGACAUUAGAGAAGAAGCACGACUUCGAACUCUAGUCUACAAGCAGAAAAUAGCAAACUUCUACAACAAACGAGUUCGACCCCGAACAUUCAAAGUAGGAGACCUUGUUCUCAGGAAAGCAGGUCUGACAGGGUUCGAAACUCGAUUCAGCAAAUUGGCACCAAACUGGGAAGGCCCCUACACUGUCGCCGAAGUGUCACACCCAGGUGCUUAUAUCCUACGGGACACUGAAGGCAAACGGGUUCCCAGAGUCUGGAAUAUCAAUAACUUGAAGAAGUUUUACCCUUAAGUAUACUUCAUUUAAGUGAAUUUUGUUUUAAUAGUUCUUACUUUCACUCUUACUGCUCAACUUAGAGUGUAUUUUAUUCAUUAAUAAGUUUCACUUCACGUC